CCACUCUCACGUCGAAGGAUGCCUUCGAUCCGCCCAACAUCACCUCUGUCUCCAGGCAUUGCCUACAAGACAUCCUCGCAUUCCGACACAUUACAACUUCCACCUCAACGCCCAACAAUGCAUCAACGACAGAACAGCAGCCAAAGACCUGCUGUCCUCAAAUUACCCUCCUUCCACCCAGCAAACUACCCGAGUAGCAAAAACUCAACACCAGACGGCAACUCGCACGCCUCAUCGCCUCACGCUCCCAUCUCACCUCGUACCCAUCAGAGCAUGUACAGCGACGCACAAAAGCAACUGUACUUCAACCAAAGAGAGAUGCUGAGUGCCACGCUCAAAGCCCCGUCGCCUGGCAAGCCCGACAGCCCGCGCUUGGUUCCUCUGGGAAGUCCUGGACCCGUCACGCCACUGGAAUUAGAGAGAGGAGAAGGCUACAUCAUUGCUGGAGCGAGGAGUAAUCGCGCGAGCAACGACACUCCAAACGAGGAAUUGGUGGAGAAGUUGAUUCGCGCAGAAGUUCAGAGGCAGCAUGGAGGCAAUCACGCUCGGUGACGUGGUGAGGAGACUUCAUCUGUGCAUUUCGGAAGCAUAGCAUUUGGUUCGGACUGGCGUUGGUGGAAACUUGGGAAGAAAGGAAAUGCGGCGUUUUUUAUCAUCUUGUGCUUGGAGGCUGCGUAACAUCACGCGCCGAUGGGGUGUCACGAUCUAUGUACGCCGUCACGGCCUACGUAUGGGAAAGUGCACUGAACUGAUAGACCACUCGCAAUUCGCGAGAUGCGGUAGUGGAGAGAUGUUCUUCAUCUCUGCUGCAGCCUGCUGCAUAGAUAGGUCUAUAUCAAAGAAUAUUAUAUUCAAUAUUCGAUACUCUGUUUCCCUUGUCAUCGUAAUUGUCUCUCUCACGGAGGCCGGAGAAUAAUAAUGGGUUCGUUGUCCG